AAUUAUCAUCCGAACAGUACGAGAAGCUGACAAGGCUGACAAGGCUGACAAGGUUAUUGACUACUUUGGAAGGCUCAUACUAAUUUAACUAGGGCCAAUUUAGCGAGAGUUUAGCGGCUCGCACGCAAAUCGCAAACCAAAAAAAUUAAGAGUCUAACGAAUUCGGUGUCUGGCAAUAUCUCGAACCUGCCCACGACUCCGCAGGAAACAACCAUCGCACGACAAACCACGACAAAACGACAACUUACAUCGUCGACAUCAUGCGUACUUACGAAGAUUCCUUCUCCGGAGCUAAGAUCUACCCUGGAAAGGUACGAGUGUUAUUCUUUAGUGAUUGCGGUGUGGCGAUGGAUGUUGGAAUUGAGGAGGAAGGGAGAAGAUGGAUCGAUCACGGAGGCGCAGAUUUGGGAAUGACUUGAAGAGCGCAUAGGGGUUGGGAGCUAGGGAAUUCAAUGCUGAUUAUGUUUGUCUAUUAUAUAGGGCAAGCUCUACAUUCGUGGAGACUCCAAGAUCUUCCGUUUCCAAAACGGUAAAUCCGAAUCGUUGUUCUUGCAACGCAAGAACCCUCGCCGAAUUGCAUGGACCGUUCUCUUCAGAAGACAACACAAGAAGGGUAUCUCUGAGGUACGAUAUCAAUUUAUUUCGCAAUUCAAUUCGCGUCGAGAUGGGAUAAAUGACAUCAUGGGAAAUUCGGAAGGCCAAAAUUACUAAUGAAGUUCUCAACAUAUAGGAGGUUGCUAAGAAGCGUUCCCGCAAGACCGUCAAGGCCCAAAGAGGUAUUGUUGGUGCUUCCCUCGAAGUCAUCAAGGAGCGUAGAAGUCAAAGACCAGAAGCCAGAUCCGCUGCUCGUGAAUCCGCCAUCAAGGCAGCCAAGGAGAAGCGUGCCGCAGAGCAAGCCGUCAAGAAGGCCGCAAAGGCAAAGACCAAUGUUUCCACCCAAUCGAAAGUCAGCAAGCAAGGUUCCAAGGGCAAGGCACCAAAGCCAAUGAACACUAGCCGUUAAAUUUGUGGUUUAUGGUUGUCGGGGUGCAAUGGAAGGGAUUGGGUUGUUGUUAACGAAAUGAACGAAUAAUAUUCGAAUAUUUCGGGAGGUUUUCAAUCAAGCAUGGUCGAGCAAAUAUGGGCUUUCCGGCGUGAUCUUGGUCAAUAGCUUCACAAUGACAAGAAUGGUACAAAAAUCGAUGGUCAGGAAGGACAUGCAUCUCAGUGCAAUGCGGUGCGAAAUGUGUGUGCAUAUGUAAUUGCAUUCUGCUAAGUUUCAUAACUUGGAGAUUUACGAACAA